GUUUGUAUCCGGUGUGAUACCGAAGGCGAUUUGACAAUAGGUGGUCGUCUUGAUACCAUUGUUCACAAAUGGCCGCGGCAGACCACGAGACUCUCUGAAAGCCUGUAAUCCCAGCAGCACACCAAGGGUUACUGCGAUAGGCAGAACCAGGAAUCCAUAGCUGAUUAUGGAUUUCGCGCCCAUGAUUGCGAGAGCUCAAGGGCGGAGUUGAGCCGCAACUGCACGGAUUGAUGAAAAGCAGAACUCAACAGAAACGCAGCAAACAAGUCGGGAGGAGAGAAAUCGACCGUGAUGGCAACGGCGAGGUCUAUGAGGAAGAAAGCAAAGCCGACGAUCGAAGGCGUCGGAAAGAAGGGAAGCAGAGAAAUGAAAACGAGCCCGCGAGCCUCGAGUCUCUCUGGCCUGGGCGUGUCCCGGCUGGUCUGAGCCGUCUGCGGCGAGUUUGCAGUUUGCCAGGUUUUUGCGUGGACCGUGAUUGUCGGCACACACUGCAGGGGGACGCCGUGUCCCGUCUGGGCGGUGAUCAGAGCGGCAGCUUCGGGGACGUCAGUGAUGUACCAUCGAGCUGAAGGAUUUGAGCCGCCGAUUGGAAGCCUGCGGAACGACUCUCAAACACCACAUUGAUUAUUUUGACCUUGUCAAGGGGGCCUCCGGGUCACGGUGGAGGCUGCAAGCCAGGGGGAGAGAAGAAAAAAACCGGCGGGCGACAGCUACCUAACAUUGUACAGAGGCGCAGCUGCGCAAGUGGCGUUGGGUCAAGUCUCGUGUGCCUGAGUCUACGCGGGUCCUGACACAGACGCUAGGCGGGAUCAGGCUAUGGAUGGAUCAGACCAAACCAGCCCGGGCAUUACACUUGUUUCUCGCGUCUUUUAGCUCCCGUGCCUUUGUCUCCCCUUCUCUACCCCAUUCUCGACCAAGGCACAACAGAUCCUGUUCCAGCCUUGUGAAAAGUACCGUACCAUCCGCCGGCGCAGCCACUGCCGUGGGCGCAGUUUGGCCGAGUUUCACCAUGUAUGAUACGGGCACCAGGUGCGCGCCAUUAUUACGUGGUACUAACCAUCCCCACCGGCUCUAAAUUUGUUUUCCCUCCAAACCUGCAUUCCACUCUCGCAUAUUUUCCCCUACCAGCGCAGUCCCGGCUUUCCUGCUCUUCAGCAAACCGCUGCCACUGGCUGCCGGGCCUCCAUCAGCCCAUGUCCGUGAUCUGUUUCCGCUCCAUCUUGUCUUCCAAGCUUUCCUUGGCCAUCCAGCCUGCGCUGAUAGUGAAAGGGGCGAACCAGCAUCGUGAGCGGCUCUGACCGGCUGGGACCACAUUCAAGGUCUCCAGAUCGUAGGAGCCAAUUCCCUGCCGAACAUGUACAAGCCCGUUCAACUGGCCGGCGACCUGUGGUGGCCAGCAUACUACUAUCAAGCAAUCCACUUCACAAGAUGCUAUGACAUGAUAAGGUCGUAACACAGACACCCGCCCGGAGCAAGGCCAAUCCUUCGCCUCAAACUCUGACUUGUCCCGCCUCGUCCAUCCCGCCGACGCCUUCGAACUUUUGUCACCUUUCACUUUCCUGCGCAAUUUGCCUCCCCUUACCAACCUUCGUUUUUCUCCCAUACCUCCUGGUAGUAGUAAUACUACUGUUCUCUGCAGCUUUGCCCUCUGGGGUACGGAAAGUCCUUUUCGACACGCUCGUUUCUCUCUUUGUCAUUCGCUGUCAGUACGAGCGGGAAAGAUUAAUACACACACAACACUACUUCCCAAACUCCAUCACUCCCAGUGCUCGGGGCGGAACAUGAAACGCGGUGCCCAGUCAUAGAGCUAAUUUCCCUGAAUCUGGGGCCUCAAUCUGGUCAAAACAAUUCUGUCUUUGCAUGACCUCACCCCACGAAUUCAUUCCUUCCCUCUUGAAUCUUCAAGAUGCCUCUCACUCGCAAAAACAAUGAUCACAAGAGGCCGGACCAACAAUACCUGCAACCGAUGACAGAGAGCAGAAUGUCGGCCGCUUCGUCCACGACCUUGAACGAAAAUUACAAUGCGUACCUCGAAAAGCCUCCUCAAUCAACAACCAGUGUGCAUCCGGUUUAUGGCAGCUAUCGAGAAAAUAUCCCAUUGACGGAGCCACGAAGGGGAGCUCCAGACUACCACAACAGAACACUUUCAGAUCUGGUAGUUGGCGAGAGUACACAAACCAGCCCUCUUGAGCCUCCUAGUGGCACCUUUCCACCUUUUGCUCCCAGAACGGCUUCCUCCUACUCGGAGCUUGGUGCAAGCUCACCGUAUCCGACGUCCACCCCAUUUAGGAGUCAAGAAACGUUAAGACCUCUCGUCCCGGAUGCUCCUGCCACGUACCUGAGUAAGGAUUGGGUCAAAGACGGCUCUAUUGCUCGAUUACAUUCGAGAGAUGACAAGGAAUUUCUGUCAGGCUGGAAGAGAUGGUUGUAUCAUUGGUUUGCGCCGUUACUUGCCCUUACCUCGCUGGCGCUGUAUUGGCUAUACUUCGGUCUCCGAAUCACCUUCGUCGUCUCGGCUCAGAACAGAUUCGGCGCGCCAUUUCCUCUGGCCUGGACAUUUAUUGCCGUCGAAAUCACCGUGGCUAUACCCAUCUUCAUGCAAACUUUCUGGUCACUGUUUGUGCUGAAGAAGCGGAAUCGUCCCAAGUUGAGGUUGAUUGGCAAUGAUGUCCCAAAGGUCGAUGUCUUUAUCACUUGCUGUGGUGAGGACGACGAUGUCAUCCUCGACACUGUCCGGGCUGCCCUCGAUCUAGACUAUCCCGCUGAUCGUUUCCGCGUUAUUCUCUUGGACGAUGGCAAGUCGGACGUGCUUAAGACUUCACUGGAAGACAUGCGAGAGACCUUCCCCAACCUCUACUACCGGCGCCGCCCCAAGUUUCCGGGAGUUCCCCACCACUUCAAAGCUGGAAAUCUCAACUAUGGGCUGGAUGAGGUUCACAAUUUGCCCGGUGGUGCCUCUGAGUUCAUGGCUGCCUUGGAUGCCGACAUGAUCCCGGAGCAACACUGGUUGCGAGCUGUGAUGCCUCAUCUCCUUCUUGACCCGAAGGUCGCUUUGGCAUGCCCCCCUCAGUUAUUCUACAAUGUUCCCAAAGACGAUCCUCUUUGCCAGAGUCUCGACUUCUUCGUCAAUGUUGCGGAGCCGGUCAAAGAUGCCUUGGGCGUGGCUUGGUGUACCGGAUCUGGUUAUGUGGUACGAAGAGUCGCGCUUGAUCAAAUUGGUGGCUUCCCCUGCGGUUCUUUGGCAGAAGAUGUGGCCACAUCAACUCUUAUGCUUGGAAGAGGCUGGAAGACUGCGUACGUUCACGAAGCUCUGCAGUUUGGCACUGUCCCUGAGGACUACGGUGGUCAUCUCAAGCAACGGACGAGAUGGGCCAUCGGCACAGUCGACACUGCGUUUAAGCUCCGCUUUUGUCUAUGGGGUGAGAAGAUCAAGGAGAUGACCUUUGCGCAACGAGCCUCGGGCUUCAUCUACGCUUUUUUGAGCUUGUUCAACAUCUUCUUGUCGCUCUCCAUUUUCGCCAUGCCCAUUGUUUUGAUCUGCAACAAACCGCUUGUCGCUUACUCGACCGAAAACCAGCUUCGAUGGCUGAUCCGAGCUUGUUUCGCCGCCACUGCUUGCAACCGACUCUGCGAAUUUGUGCUUUUCCUACCAUCCGGCUACGCCACUGGACAAAGAGGAAGUCGGUCGCAGCUUUGGAUGAGUCCGUACAUUGCUCUUACGAUUAUCCGAUCCUUCCUCCUCCCUAAGUGGCUGGGUGGACAGACUCAGGCUUUCAAGGCGACCGGCUCGCUCAAGUCGUCUUUGAAUGAGAGAGAUCCAAAACACCGGGCACCGAUGUACCGACGCGUUUGGACCAUUUUGGUUAACUACCUGGCCGGCUUUCACGUCGCCUACGUCUACUUCGUCCUGGUUGCGGCUACUCUAUCAACAUACCGAUGCUUCUUGGAGCACGGACUGCGUGCCAAGCUUGUUGCCCUCCUUACCCACGCUUUUUGGCCACCUCUGACGUGGAUCAUUGUCUGCUCCUCUUUCUGGAUCCCGUUCACAUACGCCGUUGACCCUCCUUCGAUGCCUGACAGGGAAGAACUGUUGAUUCGGGAUCAGAAGACUGGGGUUGCCCAUCCCACCCCGCAAAGCAAGAAGAUUGCUUAUCGAAGUCAGAGCUUCCUCUUCGAGGUCGAGUACACUGUGACCACUGUCUUCACGGCUUUGAUUUUCGUCGCAGCUUUCUUCUACUGAAAGAGCGCACCUCAAAAGGCGUGGAGCCAGAUUCACACACGCAUGCACAAUCAUGAGAGAACGAGCGUCACGGCUGUGUCAUUCCUGCACAUUACAAAGCAUUCACGGGCCCGGGUGUCCGGCGCGUCCAUUGCACAACAGCCGGCGAAUUUUAUUUUUUGUUGCUACUAGUUUUGGAAAAGAAAAGAAAGAGAUUUUGUAUAAAUUUUGAAAAGAAGGGGGUAUACACACGCAAGGGUUACAUGCCAGCCUUCGUUCCAUGCAAUGCGGUGUGCAUGCAACGCGGUGUGGACCUUCUGUAUUCAUUGGAGUUUUCUCUAAACACCGGGGUUUUGGAGAGGUGCGCUGGCUGGGCGAGGAAGCGGGCUCAGCAUAGAUAUACACAUACAUACAUGCCCAUGGGAGGACGCUGUUCACUCAGGUGUUGUGGAUUCCAAGGUCUGGGGCUUCGGAGGUAAUGAAGGCACGGUACAUUGAAACCCGUUCGUGGGGAGUGUCAAUGAACAGGGCGAAGUGGAAGUGUUGUGUGCUCGAGCAUUGGAGCCUUUUGAUGAGAAAUAUUUACUUGCUAUAGUCGGCGAGAAGGAAGUCUCCUCGGUGUUGUAGAAACAAUUGAAACACGAAUUAAACAGUGAAAAACUUUGAGUCAAGAACAUUUGUUGCAUGAGAAGAAUCCUUUCACAGUG